UUUCACAUGGGAUUCGUGCUGAUAUUGUUAACAUCGCUGCUCAGUGGAGUGCUGGGAUACUUGCGAUGCAAAUACAACUACUGGCAGAUAAAUGGGGUGAAACAACUGCGGGCCCACUUCCUCUUCGGACACUUGUUCAAGAUGAAGUCGGUGCACCUGUCGGAGCUCCUGCAGGAGACCUACGAUGCCUUUAAGGGUGGCGCUUUGCUGGCAGGCACCUACAUAUAUCUACGACCCAUAGCCGUCAUCUUGGACUUGGAUCUAGCAAAAAGGAUACUGAUCGAGGACUUUGACAAGUUUGUGGACCGCCGAAACUUUCACAAGGAACCCUUGACGAACAACCUCUUCAAUGCUCGGGGCGAGGAAUGGUCUAAGCUGAGCAAAAAGCUGGCGCCAAUAUUCGGGAACGGAAAUUUAAAAUGUAUGUUCGAAACAAUCACAAAGGCUUCCCGCCAGCUAGAGGAGAGCUUUCGGGAGUUGAUUGGCCCGCAGGGAAGUGUUCUCGAUGUGCACGCGCUGUUGGAUCGCUUCAGCAUGGAUGCCUCUGCCAGCUGUGCCUUUGGCGUUGAUAUCAACAAUCUCAAGGAUCCGCAGGUGGAAUUGCGAGUGCAUGGACGUCAGAUCUUUCGCCACAGCGAUGGCAAUAUUCGCUGGCGCAUUUUCAAAUUAAAUUUUUGCAGCCUCUGGGCAAAACUAAAGCUGCCCAUUCGGUUCUUUGCCAAAAACGUCACGGAUUACUUUACACGCAUCGUCAGGGAGCGGCUGGAAUCACGGGAACUUGAGCAUGUCAGGAGCAACGACUACAUGGAGCUAUUAAUGGAGCGAUCGAAAGACCUGACUCUGGGAGAGCUAACAGCGCAGGCCUUUGACUUCUUUGUGUCUGGCUAUGAGACCAGCUCGAGCAGCCUGUCUUGUGCGCUCUUCGAGCUUGCCAAAAAUCCAUCGGUGCAGCAGAAGCUGAGACACGAGAUUACAGUGGCUCUACGCAAACACGGACAGCUGACGUAUGAGGCCAUGCUGGAGAUGCGCUACUUGGACCAGACGAUCACUGAAACUCUACGCAAAUACCCCGCCUUGGCCUCCCUCACACGCAUCACCGCCGCGGACUAUACGGUUCUUCCCACCGCCCCUGGUGACAUUCCAUUGGUGCUGGACAAGUGCACCAUUGUGCAUAUACCUGUCCGUGCCAUACACUACGAUGCGGAGAUCUAUCCCCAACCAAAGAUAUUCCGACCGGAACGCUUUGAUGCCGCCGCAUUCCAUCAGCGCCAUUGCAUGGCAUUUCUUGGCUUUGGCGAUGGGCCACGCCAUUGCAUUGGUCGGCAUUUCGGCCGCAUGCAGAUUAAAAUAGGCCUCGUCACGUUGCUAGCCAAAUAUCAGUUUAGUGCGGUGCCCGGCUGCCCCGACGAGCUGCCGAUAAGCAAAGGGAAUACGAUACUCAGACCCAGCCAAGGAGGGGUUCCACUGAAAUUGAAUCGAGUGUCAGUGUCGGAAUAAACAAUAGCACCUGCACAACAUUCGAUUGCAUUGCGAGGGGAAUCUCAGCUUGAGAAAAAAAAACAAGGGUUUAAUCAGAAAAUUGUCGCGACAAAUCUAAACAAGAGUUGCGUUGAAUAAACAAACUGGCAGGCCAGCAAGCGAAUUUGGAAUGGGGUU